GGAGGACGUCUCUCAGCUCACUCAGUGGCGGGAUUUUUAAAUCGCGUGUGCGUUAGUGAGUGUUGUGCUUGUAUUAUUGAGACUUCCGAAUUGAUUUUGGAUUCUUAGAAUAUGUUUAGAGAACAUGAACAAUAUUCUCAAACGAAAGUUUAAUAUGUGGGAGUGAAUCGCCAAUAUGGACACGUUCGUCUUACUGACCUCUCUCUUGGGACUCUUCUGUCUUGGUCUUGUGGAAGGAGGUCUAAGCGAUGAUUACAUGAGCAGUGGGGAAGCGCCGUAUAUUAUAGAACAACCAAUAGAUGUCACUGUGGCUCGCCAUCAACCUGCAACAUUAAACUGCCGAGCUGGCGGUUCACCCACUCCCACCAUUCGGUGGUAUAAAAGCGGUGUCCUUGUUGUAUCGGACACCCAUAGAAGCCUUUUACCUGCCGGCGGUUUAUUCUUUCUGAGAGCAACCCAUGGAAGGGCACAUUCAGAUGCGGGAGUGUACUGGUGUGAAGCCACCAAUCCAUAUGGCACAGCAAGAAGUCGCAAUGCUACACUUCACGUCGCUGUUCUUCGCGAAGAAUUUAGACUAGAACCAGUAACUUCACAAACAGCUCAAGGAGAAACAGUAAUACUAGAAUGUUCACCACCGCGUGGCUCCCCUGAGCCCACAGUCUAUUGGAAGAAAGAUGGACAAAUUUUACAUUUCGACGGAGAUUCAAGAAUGCAUUUAGUAGAUGGAGGUAGUCUUGUAAUACAAGAUGCUACGCAAACUGACGCUGGUAGAUAUCAGUGCAUUGCGAGGAAUGCAGCUGGUACAAGAGAGUCUUCUAUUGCUACGCUCAGAAUACACAUUAAGCCAUACCUAAUCGCCGGGCCUGAAGACAUCGUUGCACAAACUGGAGGUAGCGUGACCUUCAAAUGCAGGGUUGGAGGCGAUCCCUUACCUGAUGUUUUGUGGCGAAGAACAGCCGGAGGUGGUAACAUGCCACUCGGGCGUGUCAAAGUGCUAGACGAUCGUAGCCUCAGGCUUGACAACGUGAUUUUGACAGACGAAGGGGAGUACACAUGUGAAGCUGACAAUGCUGUAGGAGCUGUGAGUGCCACAGGAUAUUUAACUGUAUAUGAUCCCCCAACAGUUACAUUAAAACCAAGUUCAGUUAUAGUAGAAAGUGGAACAAGUGUUACAUUUACAUGUAUGUCGACUGGAAAACCCCAAGCUACCAUGUUUUGGAGUCUAGAAGGCAACCGAACAAUAAUAUUACCAGGAACAUCUAAAGGUAAAUACCACGCUUCACCAGUAUUGGAUAAUGUGACAAGAUUAACAAUCAAUAAUACUAGUAAAAAUGAAAGCGGGAACACAGUAGUUUGUUCUGCAGUCAACUUUGCCGGAAGUUCUUUUGUAAGAGGAAAAAUAAGCGUGACAACAGACGAUGACCGACCACCACCAAUCAUAACAAACGGUCCCUCUAACCAAACGUUACCUAUAAAAUCGAUGGCAGUUUUUCCCUGUGCGGCCAUCGGCACACCUGAACCAAUUAUUGCCUGGUAUUUCGAAGGGGAAGCUUUAAUACAAAAUCAUAGAAGAAAUAUAUCGAGUGAUGGAACAUUGACAUUAAGAGAUUUAGACAAAGAAGAUAGUGGUACUUACACAUGCGUUGCAUCAUCACAACAUGGAAAGUAUGUAUGGAGUGGGGUUUUAUUAGUUGACAGUCCAACAAAUCCCAACAUCCACUUCUUCAGAGCAGCUGACACAUCAGCCUUACCAGGUAGACCAACGAAACCAAUAACCUAUAAUAUAACAGAUACGAGUGUGACUUUAACAUGGAAUCAAAAUAACAAAAUUGGUUCAUCUUCUAUUAUCGGAUAUCAAAUAGAAAUGUUUUCGAGGGAGACAUUGUCAGGAAAAAAUACCCCCAGAAACUCCAGAGGGUGGGUGGUUGUUUCAAAGAGAGUAUAUCAAACACAUUUUGUAGUAAAAUCUUUGAUACCCGGUAUAACGUAUAUGUUUAUGGUGAGAGCAGAAAAUUCUCAUGGAUUAUCAGCACCGAGUCUAGUUUCGGAUGCCAUAACCGUAGGCGAUGAUACAAACGGUUUGUGGGAAGGUGGAUUAUUUGCAAAUAACACCGAAUAUAGAAAAAAUAUUAUGACUGAUAAUAUUGUAGACUUAAUUGAGGCGACGCCUAUCGAUUCCAAGACUAUAAAGCUCAUGUGGGAGAUAUUAAACUUCUUUUAUCUAGAGGGCCUAUUCAUAUAUUAUAGGCCCUUAGAUAAUAAGACAAUCGAUUACGAAAUGAAAACUAUUUUGCAUUCCAAUGACGUAUCUGGCUAUGAAAUAACGACCCUACGAAAAUAUAUGAAAUACGAGUUCUUCCUAGUACCCUUCUAUAAGAAAUUUGAAGGAAAGCCUUCGAAUUCCAGAAUAGCUCAGACGUUAGAUGACGUUCCCGAUGGUCCUCCAACAAAUAUCGAAAUGUACAUACUAAACGUCACAACAGUCCAUUUGAAAUGGCAUCCCCCGGAGCCAGAUUUGCAGAAUGGUGUAGUUAUAGGAUAUAACGUCGUCUUAAAUUGGUUGGAUAUACCGGCUAACAAGUCUAUGAUAGCUAUUAAUACCACCGUCUAUCAAGCCACAAGUCUUAUAAUGACUAAUCUGACAUCUGGCGUCAGUUAUUCAGUGCAAAUUGCUGCAGAAACUAUUGUUGGUUUGGGGCCAUUUAGCCAGAAGGUCUAUUUGAAUAUAGAUUCGCGCUCCGUAGGAUUAGAUCCACUGUCAAGAUAUCCCAAUAAUGGAGAAGUUUCCAUUGUUGCCGGAGAUUUUGUAAUGGAAACAUGGUUUUAUUUCCUCAUUGGGGCUAUUGUGCUGUUUAAAGUUAUUAUGAUUGCUGGCAUUAUUUAUGUUCGAAGACAUAACAUAUUUGCUAAAAAGUCAGCACUACCAAAUAUUUACAAUUCCAAUGGCACCAGUUUAGUUACGCAAAUGAAUAUUAAAGCCGCUGUAUCGCUAUCUCAUCCGCUAAGUAGUUGUUACAAUAAGAACUCCGUUACAAAAACGGAAUCACUACUAUGGAUGGAAAACCAACCAGGCCUAUGUAUGUCCGGGAAUCAAACGAGUCAGAGUAAAGAAAAAACCAAUUCUGAAUACGAUAAAGUCAGUCAUCAGCUUCCUGAAUAUGCAGAAGUCACUGCUUCGAGGGUGACUGGGAAUGAAUGGAAUACCAGCAAAACUGCCACCUCGCCCGCCGCCUACGCCUCAGUGACACUAGUAGCAAACACGAGGCAGUGUGUUAGUUCGCUGGGUUGGUUUCCUCCGGGAAGUAAAAGUAUUGAUAACUAUGAAAACCGCUAUCCUGAUGAAGAAUUAUACCCAGCUAGCAACGGAGGAUAUUACAACAGAAAUGUGUAUAGCGAGAAAUAUUUUCAAGGGCAUCCUAACGUCUUGAAAUUUUACGACCUUCCAUCGGUAGACAAAACCCAAAAAGCGCAAAUAAGAUACAACCAAAGUUUAGACGAGAGGAAAGUUGAUAAAAACUUUAAAGCUGAAGUAACCCAAUCUCUCAUAGGACGAAGUUACGGCGUGAGUUCUAGAAAAAAUUCGGAAUCGGAAACUACAUACAGAGCAUUCGGCGAGGAUGAUUCUGAUGAUGAACAUUACAGAGAUGAUGGUGGCUAUGAUGAACUUCAAGCGAUGCAGCCUCAGAGACAGAGAUCGAAACAUCAGUACGAAAGACCAAAUUUCGAUAAUGACCCGACUAGAACACUAGCCCGUCUUACAUCUUUUAAACAAGGUCAGAACAUUCACAGCGGUAACCCAGGAUCCCUAGCGCCAACCCAACCUCCACCGGCUCCGAAUCCAAGGAUUGAUUCAGUGACACGGUAGUAUCACGCCUUGCCGGUUUUCGGCGACUUGUGCCAAACGGACGUAUAAACAUGCCACAGUGCACAAUAGUGAUUUAUUACGCUGUCUUACCACAACUGUACGUAUAGUGUGACAGCUUCUUGUCUAUAAUUUUAAUUCAAAAGACUGUCUCUUAUUUAAUUUGAGCCUAUACUUUUGUAUUGAACAUUUUUUGUACUAUAGAACUAUCGCUUAAAAUGAUAAUAAUUUAUUAUGUUAAAUACAUUUAGCUAGUCUUGUGUAAUGUUGAUACUUGUAAAUAGUGUACAAAACGAAAUAUAUUAUUAAUUUUUCUGAUGAAUUAAUAAAAUGAAUGCUGGGAGAUAUUUAUCGUGUUAUUGAUUGGACUAUUGAAAAAUAUUUAAUCCGUCUUUGUAUCAAUAACGAACUUCUGACCUAUAUCAUUAGGAUAAGUCUUUUAGAUUAAUUCAAGAGAAAACGCUUGGCAAUAAUUUGAGUAACACGUGUAGUGUAAAUAUAGAUUAAUACUUAAUUUUUAUUCGUUACUAGCUGAAGCAAUUCAUAUCCUGAAAUGUAUGGAAAUACAGAACCUGACAAUAUGUUAAGUGCUCGCACUGUAUCAAUAUUUACAUUAAACAUAAUCAGAUACAAAAGUCUCUAAUAUCUUUCCAAGCUAUUUGUUUCACUCUAGGUGAUAAAAUGUUCGUGUGCCAUAACAUGUUUCCUAAAAAUAAGUAACAUUGGAGUUGUGAAAAUAAAAUUCAAAUGAUGCUUUUGUGAAGAAAAUUUUAACUAAAGUUAAUGUGAUAUGUAUAGCCACUUGUUAUUAAAGUUAGCACUAUGUUAGCACAUGUAUCAUUGCAUAUCAUAUAGAUACGUAAAUCGCGAUUUUAUUGUAGGCCAUCGGGUUAAAUAACAUUACUGAAGUUUUGGCCGCAUUUAGCUUGUAACUAGUGACAUUUCUAUCGUUUUGCUCGCAAUAAAAUGGCCAUUGAAAUUUGUAAAUAUAUAAAAAUAAUGUUACAUCCAUAUACUAAUAUUGGAAAUUAACUUUCAUUUAUUACUUAAUUAAAAUUAGCUCACAAUGAUGUAAUGGAUAGCUGGGCUGGUUUAACACCCAGUAUAAAAUUUUCUAUUCAAAUGUAAUAGCAAAAACAGUAACAGAAAUGUUUUAAUUAAAAUUAUGUAGAAUGAAACUCGUAAGAACUUAAAAUAGGUAGCUGUAGUUGUCCCUCAACAAUCAAAUAGAGUUUAUAAAGUUCGCAGUUUAUAUUUGUUUGAUAUAGAAAGGAGUCUUCAUAAAGUGUAGUAAAAAUUUAUGCAUUUACCUUUAAAGUUGUGCAAAUUAUGUAGUGAUUGUCUCACUUAGGGUUACUCGAAAUAUAAAUUGUCUUAUUGCUUCAAUAUUUGUUUUCUAAAAAAUAUAUUUAAAGAUCUAUUAUAACAAAUAACUAUAUAUAAAUAGAAGGCAGAUAUUUUUUUCAACACAUUGUACAUUAAAGGAAAUAAGAAUUUCUUACAAUCAUACAAAUAAUGUAUUUAUACGAAACACUCACAGAACUGUUAAAGUUAUUCACAAAAACUUAUUCAUAUUGAUGAUACUUAUAAGAUUAAUUGUAGAAAAAAAACUGUAAACACAAGAGAUAUUAGACUCUAUAUAAAUGUAAAAAGGCCUAUUUUUGUGUGUUAAGGUAUUAUGUUACAGCUAAACUAAACAUUACAAUAAUCAAGACCCUAUUUUCAUUUUGUAUCGGUCUUUGAAUAAAAUUUUUAAUAAAAUUUA